AUGGCGUCACAUUCCCAGGGCAUAGUCAGCGAUAAGAAUAGCCGAACCCAGGCGUAUGCGAAUCGAAUGAAGAGAGGCAAGAUUGUCAGGCCGCGCGGAGAGUUUAUCACGAGCUCCAGCAUGGCCGACAUCACCCGGGAGUAUGAGGAGCUCCAGGCAAAGCAAACCCGGCUUCAAACGCGCCAGGAGAUAAGGAUGCAUCUUAAACGAGUUCGUGGAGAGAUGCAGAAGAUCCGAGAAGACUAUAAAGUCGGGAAGAAGCAGUUAGUCAAUGGCAGAGUCAAGACAUUGAACUUUAAGCCCUGGCUAGAGUUUACGGGACGAGACGUUGAGUUCUACACUCUGGAGCAAAGUUGCGAUACCCUCAUGCGGGAGCUCAAAGAGCCAUCCAAGGAAUCCUUUUCUAUGAUACCACGAAGAGAAAUAACUCCGCCAGAGAUGUCAGGGCGCGCAGCGACCCGACCUCGCCCACUUACAGAUAUGUCGUCGUUGCCCGGCAGUGACGAUACCGUCUAUUUCACAGGCCUCGAUCUUGACAAACAUAGUGAGGAUGGCGCCGACGAUGAAGACGAGGACAAUUUACUCGACACGCAAGAGAAUAUACCUCAUCGCCGCCGUUAG